AUGGUUGUAACCCUUAGUGAUGAUGAAGUUUCUAAUCAUGAGUCUAGUAGUAACGAGAAUGGAAACUUCAUUACUUUCACAACUACUGCUAUAGUUGAUGAAAGUGUUGUGGUUGAUGAGAACCCUUCUGAUAAGGAACUCUCUAAGAAUGCUGAUUUGCAAAAAGCCUAUAAUAAGCUUUGCAAGGUUGCUAUAAAGAAUGCUAUGAAUGUUGACAUAGGUUUAAAGAAAAUUGCUUCUCUUGAACUUGGUAUAGGAACAAAGAAGUGGAUAUGUGUUGCAAUUUUCAAAGCCAUUGCUCUACUCGUGAUUGUUUUCUGCAUAUUGUGUUAUCUACUCAAACGGAGGGCAGUUGUAAUUCAAGGGAGUGAUGAAACAAACGGUGAAAAUGGAUUGCUUGCUUCAUUGAGCUUGGACCCAUCUAUCAACAUGAAUGAAAUUCUAAAUGAUGAGAAUGAUGGAGCUCGUUUCAGUGUAAUUAGCUAUACAAGUGUCAUGGCUGCAACAAACAAUUUUUCAUUAGAAAACAAGCUUGGAGAAGGAGGCUUUGGGCCUGUGUAUAAGGGAAAAUUGGCAGGGGGGCAAACGAUAGUGAUAAAGCGAUUAGGGCAAAAUUCAGGACAAGGAAUACCUGAGUUUAGGAAUGAGUUGAUAGUCAUGCCUAAACUCCAACAUGUGAAUAUUGUUAAAAUUAUUGGUUGUUGCAUUCAUGGAGAAGAGAGGAUGUUGGUUUAUGAAUACAUGCCCAACAAAAGUUUAGAUUGCUUUCUAUUUGACUCAAAGAGAGGCAAGUUAUUAGAUUGGAAAAAACGUUUCAAUAUAAUUGAAGGAAUUGCUCAAGGACUACUCUAUCUCCAUAAAUACUCAAGACCAAGAGUAAUUCAUAGAGAUUUAAAAGCCGGAAACAUACUCCUUGACAAAAACAUGAAUCCUAAGAUAUCUGAUUUUGGCAUAGCACGAAUUUUCAAACCAGAUGAAUUGGAAGCAAACACUAAUGUAAUUGUUGGAACAUAUGGUUAUAUAUCUCCUGAGUAUGCCAUGGAAGGCGUGUUCUCCAUAAAGUCUAAUGUCUAUAGCUUUGGAGUCUUGAUGCUUGAAAUUGUGAGUGGUAGAAAAAACAACAGCUUCUACCAUGUUGACUACACACUCAAUUUAGUAGAAUACGCAUGGAAUUUAUGGCAAGAAGGUCAAGGGCAAGAGCUAAUUGAUCCAUCAAUUAGUGAUUCAUGUGUCCACUUUAAGGUACUGAGAUGGAUCCAUAUCAGUCUCCUAUGUAUACAGAAUAAUACUGAUGAUCGGCCCACAAUGUCAGAUGUGCUAUCUAUGUUAAGAAAUGAUAGCAUUCCAUUGCCUUUGCCAAAAAACCAACCAUUUUCUUUUGGAUGAAAUGGCUUCAGGGCAAUUAUUCCUAAGUCCUAAAAGACUCAAAACGUUCUUUUC